AUCCCGGCUGUUCUGUCGCUAUCGCCGUGGCCGUUCCCGUUGCAGGGCAGGGCCCGUUCUCGGCGGGGUCCCGGUCCCGGUGGCGGUGCCGGUGGCGGUGCCGGCGGGGGGGGAUGCGAGCAUGGCCAUGGCCCAGGCGGGGGCCGCGGCCGCGGCGGCCUCGGCGCUCCUCGUGUUCCUGCUCUACUCCGCCAUCCACAGGGUCGAGGAGGGACACCUGGCCGUGUACUACAGGGGCGGCGCGUUGUUAACCAGCCCGAGCGGGCCCGGCUACCACAUCAUGCUCCCCUUCAUCACCACCUUCAAAUCCGUGCAGACCACGCUGCAGACUGAUGAAGUGAAAAAUGUGCCUUGUGGGACAAGUGGGGGUGUUAUGAUCUACAUUGACCGCAUCGAAGUUGUGAACAAGCUGGCCCCUUAUGCAGUGUACGACAUCGUGAGGAACUACACCGCAGACUACGACAAGACCUUGAUCUUCAACAAAAUCCACCACGAGCUGAAUCAGUUCUGCAGUGCCCACACCCUGCAGGAGGUGUACAUCGAGCUGUUUGAUCAGAUAGAUGAGAACCUGAAGUUGGCCCUGCAGAAAGACCUCAAUGUCAUGGCACCAGGUCUCACUAUCCAGGCUGUGCGUGUUACAAAACCCAAAAUUCCAGAGGCCAUCCGAAGAAAUUUUGAGCUGAUGGAGGCUGAGAAGACCAAGCUGCUGAUUGCAGCCCAGAGGCAGAAGGUGGUGGAGAAGGAGGCGGAGACCGACCGGAAGAAAGCGAUCAUUGAGGCAGAGAAGGCUGCACAGGUGGCCAGGAUUCACUACCAACAGAAGAUUAUGGAGAAGGAAACGGAGAAGCGGAUCUCCGAGAUUGAAGAUGCUGCGUUCCUGGCAAGACAGAAGGCCAAAGCUGAUGCUGAGUACUACACUGCUCGGAAGCUGGCUGAUGCCAACAAGCUGAAGCUGACCCCUGAGUACCUGGAGCUGAUGAAGUACCAGGCGAUAGCCGCCAACAGCAAACUGUACUUCGGUGACCGCAUCCCCGGCGUGUUCCUGGAUUCCUGUGCCUUCCAGCAGGCCAGCCCGAGGACUGCCCAAGAACCAACCUUCCUGCACAGGAGGCCCCGGAGACCUCUGGAGAAAGCCACCUCAGAGCCAAGGAGAGCACUGGCUGACGAGGGCAGGAGGAAUCCCGAUGUCGCUCAGCAGCAAAGCCCGGCUGUGAUCAGGGACGUGGCCCCGGGCUGGUGGGGCGGACGCAGCACAUGCCUGGACAUCUUGUGUAUAGGUGGCAGUUGGGUUGAUUUUCUUCUGGCAACAGGUUGCAAGGGCUCUGCCUCUUCCGUUUCUUCCCCUGUUAAAUUGGUGCUUCCAAAGGAGGGAUAAUCCUGUACUAACAUACCUAUACUGGAAUAUUAAAAGACAGGCGCCGGGAAAAGCCUUCCGGAGUAGGUGCAGUUUAUUUAGCAGGCAUUGCUCUGGAGGUAGGAGAUGUGGCUUUGAGUGCUGUGUUGCUGCACCCUGCGCAUUCCCAGUGCUCCUGGCUGAGGCCGAGCGAAGAGGAGGUUUCCUUCGUCCCGCCGAUGAAGCUUCACUUUUGUGGACUCCAGGCAGUUCCUACCAUUGCUCACUCUCUCGCUCUCCUCAAGGACUCCAGUGGAGUGGGUUCUCCUUGGCCAGCGUGUUCCUGCUCAGGGCAAGGAAUGGUUUGGUGUGGAAUAGGUUACUGGAAUAGGAUCUGCAUAGCCAUAAUAUUCCUGUAGACAGCAACACUAGGUAACGACUUGGAGCAAGCGAUCUCUGACGGGAUUCUGCAACUCCCCUCUCCAAGCAAGAGCCUCGCACUGGCUGCCUGGGACUGACCUGUAGGGUGUUUCAGCUGCAUGGCUGGGGCUCACCUUGCAUCCUAAACCAGAUUUCAGGAGCACCUCGGAGCAGCUGGUUGGGAACACAGCUUGGGAAACCUCUGCCCAGAUCCCACCUUGGGAAAUCUCUGCUCACAUCCCAGCCUUCCUGUAGGUCAACAGGGAAAAGGGGCUGAAUUGCCACUGCUCUGCCAUGCUGGCAAGUACUAAGGGGAAGAGAAGAGUGAAGGGGACCCUGCAGUGCAGCAGAUCAGAUGUUUGACACCUCAGCUGCAAAGCAGGUGAGGCAUCGCUGCUCCCCUGUGCAAAAUCCACUGCUCUAAGAAGUGGGAGCUUCCUCGUGUGUCCUUCAACAGCCGUGGUGAGAGUGUGUCCCUGGUCCCCUCAUCCCUGGGCAGGUUUGCUGCAGUGCAGGACUUCAGGCUGCUCCCAAGCAGUGCUGGCAGGAAGACCCUCUGUGGUGGCACUCCAGGCACUCUGCCUGUGGAGAUCUUGUGUCCCCGGCACCAUCUGCAGCCUCGUGACGACAACGGGAGGGACGCGUUCAGCUUCUGCCACAGUGAAACAUUCAACCCCAAACGAGAGGCUUGAGCUUUUCUUGUGCUGAUGAUGUCCCCAGACGAGCUGUGUGAGCUUCAGGCUUUGCAGUGCUGUGUUCCCACCACGCUUGGCUCAGCUUGGAGGGUUGGCAGUGUCUCAAGGAGGUUUGGUAACACGUGGUGCCUUGUGCUGUCUCAGCUCCUGCCCUGGCUCCCUGUCCUCCCUGUCUGGGACAGAGCAGGGAUGUGUUGGCUCUGCCCCUUCUGCAGGGAGUGGUAUACAACUGUGGGACUUGGCAGCAGCUUCAGGUGGUCUUUCUGUCCCCUUAUCUGGCUGCAAACUCCCAAGGCCCAGUUGGUGCUCUGCUCCACAACAGCAGCUCCUCUUCCAACCCAGCCAUGGCAGGAGCCAGGGACCCGGGGCACCGGUGUGGAGGGGAAGUGGCAGCGUAAUCUGUAGCUGUGGUGUUUGAAAUAUCUCCUGGAAGGUGCUGUUUGACUUGCAGGGUCCCCUUCCUCCCGUGGGAAGGGCUUUGGGGAGGCAGUGGAGUCACAUCUCUGAGCUGCCACCUCCUCAGUGGUGCAGCAGGCCCUUGGCACAGGGGCACGGCCUCUCCUCACCCCGGCAGCACCCACUUCACUUGGAUUUUGGGAGGAGGGCAGGCUUUAUAGAGCAGAAGCACUGCUGGAUGGGAUGCUGGCAGGGAUGUAGGCUUGUCUCCGGGUGUUACUGGGGUUGGACACUCUGGGAAUCCGGAAUGGGAGGGCAGGGUAGGCUCUGCCAGCCUGGAGGUGACAGGGGCACAUGGGGAACUGCUGGGAGCAGUAACCAGGCAGCUCACAGCUCUCCUGCAGCGACCAGAGCAAGAUGCCCGUGCAGGGAGCAGGAAAACCUUCCAGGCCAGUGCAGGAAGGGCUGCUUCCCUCUGGACCUGAGCCUUGCUGGGCCUCCCUGCACUAUCCAGGUGGGUGCAUGGCUUUACCCUGAGUGGCUGUCACUGGCUCAGUGUCCCCCUGCUCUGGCUGGGUGAUAUCAGCCUGGUCUGAGGGACCCUGGGGGAUGCUCCUCUAUUCCCAAGUCCUGCAGCAGCCUGUGUGAUGCUCGGUGCCUUCUGCAAAAGCCUCCUCCCUCCCUCCCUGCCUGCUUGCCCAGCCGCUGCUGCAGAAGCCCCAGUAGGGAUGCAGGAGGGGAUUGCUGUGGCUUUAGCACCCCAGGGUGGGCUGUGCUUCCCUCUGAGCCCCAGCUGUGAGCAGGGACACGGGACUGUGGGUUAGAACUGGCUUUUCUCUCCGUUGCAAGGGCCUGUGUGCGCCUGUGACUAAAGGGGUGUGCCCCUGGAUCAGCAUCUCCUUAAGGAAACACGAUACAUAUGGUCAGGUUUACAUUCACAGUGUUAAGUUCUUUUGAUAAAGCAGAAUAAAAUUAUUUUGUUACCAUU